AAAACUCAAAACAGACCCCAGACACAACAGAAGCUGCCUGACUGCACACUCGUCUUUAUUUUUACUAUUUCACUCACCUGAGAAACUACAUGUUACUGUAUGAUAUUUGCAGAUCAAGCCGACUUAGCUCAAAGCCUUCUACCUAAAGAACAGAAAAAUAGUGUAAAUCUGCAGUGGGACAAUGAGUAGCUCAAGAGUUCUUCACCCCCAUCCUGUGGCGAAACCAGACAAACUGUCAGUGAACUCGGGUCAGCACCAGCCUCUUCAUCAGCCAACGGUCAUGGCUCCUCUGAAACUAACGCAGCGACUUUAUCCACCAAACGACUAUCCUGGGAGAAGAACCAGCCUUCGCUUUGCACAUCUGUCCUCCUCUCCACCCUCAUCAUAUGUUCCUACAACUCCCCGGAGCUGUUUUCGCAAGUACAGCUUCAGCGCGCACAAGAAACGUGUGGUAUUUGCAGAUGAGGUGGGACGGGCACUGACUGUUGAGCAUGUAUUUACCCCUGAACCCCCAUCCCCACCCCCUACUCCAGCAACAAAUCCCUGUCCACGCCAUUUGGAAGGCCAACAAAAUCCUGCAAAUAGAAAUGGAUCGCUUACGCCCAAGUUUCGCCUGGGUUUCCCUCAGCCUACAAAGGACUCUGACGCAUUUAUUGCUCGUCUGAAAGAGAAAUGUGUACAAAUGAAGAGCUGCAGCAUUUCAGACAACACUUUGAUAGGUGAAGUGUGUGUUUUCCAUAGUUGCCCAAAAAACACUGUAAAUAUGAAAAUGACUUUUGAUUCAUGGAUCACCUUCAAAGACAUUCCCUGUAAAUUCCUGGAGCAGAGGCGAGUCAAUGGCCUUGAUGUAGAUGUGUUUUUCUUUGAAGCAUGCUUGCCUCAAAUUACAGACAAAAUAGAGUGGAUCGAGUUCUGCUUCACAUCCAGCCCAGGGCUCAGCUCUGUGCUUCACGGGGAUGACAACAGGGGACAGAAUUACAAAGUGGUGAGGGAAAAAGGUGAAUCAUGUCCUGGCAAAGACUACACAAAGCAGUUUUACCCCUCACUUUCAAAGUACCAGCCACCUGUUUAUUCACAGUUUUCUUCUUAUCUCCAAAACUGUGAGAAGCUGACAUACUUCAACAGUCAUCUGCUAAGCAAUGGAUUUAAGUCUGCACUCCGCGAACCACUAUGUUGGAUGGCGUAAAACACCCAGUGUAGUGUUAUGUCAGCACAAAUAUGAUUCUGGAUACAGAAUACCCUACUGUAAUGUGAAUACUGUAUUAAAUUAUUAAAUUAUUAUUUUUUUUUA